GGCUGGCGCAAAGUAAACAAGUGGCCAGUAUGUUUUGAAGCUAAAGGCAACCGGUUCGAAAGAUUUUACGUCCCACGGGGAAGAUUACCUGCCAUAAAGCUUGUUCAUCUGUACGGAUACGUGUCCUGUCACGUUCAGGACCCAUCUUUCUGGUCCUACUGGGGCUGUGGCGACAAUCCGUCGAUGGGGUUAAACACUCUAGUCAACGCUGUCAUCACAGACUCAGACAACCACAUUCUACUCCCUCCAAUUCAGUUCCAGAAGAUCAGCAACUUAAAGUGGUACAGGGUUCCUGGAUAUAAUUCCCUCUCACCUGAGCUUGUUCUGCCAUUCUUUACGUCUCUCAGACGGGUCCAUCGGAAACAAGAACUACGCGUGUGGUACGGUGAAAACUUGGUGAAUUUAAGCGAAGGAGACAACGAAGGAAAAGUGUGCGCUGACGUCUAUGCUCUCUUUGUGUGA